AUGAAAUUUACUGCGUCCUUUAUCGCUCUCCUCUCGGUUGUGCCCUUUGCGGCUGCGCAGGUUGCGGAGUGGGGUCAAUGUGGCGGCAUCGGCUGGACUGGUCAGUGCGGAACAACUUGCGCUGCCGGUCUUACAUGCACGGUUAUCAACUCUUACUACUUCCAAUGUUUACCUGGAGUAAGGCCUCUUGAAUGCGUUCCGCCGCCAACUUCCAGUGUACCAACCUCUACCGCCAGCUCACCCGGUAGCAGCCCGACCGUUAGCGGAAGCGGCCUUAACGCGGAUGCGCAGGCUGCCGGAUUCAAGUACUUCGGCUCCGCGACAGACAACAACGAGCUCUCGGAUACCGCCUACGUCAACAUUCUCAAGGUUCCGAGCCAAUUCGGCCAAAUCACGCCCGCGAACAGCAUGAAGUGGGACGCGACCGAGCCCACCCGAGGCCAGUUUACGUUUACGGGGGGCGACCAGAUCUACAACUUUGCCAAGGCGAACGGGCAGAUCGUGCGAGGUCACAACUGCGUUUGGUACAACCAGCUCCCGUCAUGGGUCUCCAACUCGGGCUUCAACGCGGCGACGCUCACGUCCGUCAUCCAGACGCACUGCAGCACUAUUGUGAGCCACUACAAAGGCGGCAUCUACGCCUGGGACGUCGUCAACGAGCCCUUCAACGACGACGGCACAUGGCGCACGGACGUGUUCUACAACACCCUCGGCCAGUCCUACGUCGCCAUCGCGCUCAACGCCGCGCGCACCGCGGACCCAAACGCGAAGCUGUACAUCAACGAGUACAACAUCGAGUACCCCGGCGCGAAGGCAACCUCGCUGCUCAACCUCGUCAAGAGUCUUAAAUCGCAGGGCACGCCCCUUGACGGUGUCGGCUUCCAGUGCCACUUCAUCGUCGGCCAAGUGCCGACCACACUCGGCCAGAUCAUGUCCCAGUUCGUCGCGACCGGCGUCGAGGUGGCCGUGACCGAGCUCGACAUCCGCACUACGACGCCCGCCUCGACGUCUGCUCUGCAGCAGCAGCAGAAGGACUACCAGUCCGUGGUGAGCCAGUGCAAGGCGACUACCGGAUGCGUGGGCAUCACCGUCUGGGACUACACCGACAAAUACUCGUGGGUGCCGAACACGUUCUCGGGCCAGGGUGCCGCUUGCCCUUGGGACCAGAAUCUGGUGGAAAAACCGGCGUACCAGGGUAUUGUCGCUGGUUUCCAGUAG